AGACAGCUGACGGUGCUGCCAUCUCUGUGGAGGAACAACAGCUCACUGACAAAGGUUCACAACGCAGCCUGGAUGUCAAGGCAGAGGAGGAAUGGAGGACGAGACAUUUGAGGAGGAGUUAUGGCCACCAAGAGCAGAUGCUUGUCCACAGAAACUAGUUCGACAGAUCCGCAGACCAGAAAUGUACACUUCAAGAAAAUUCAGAGAGGAAGUGGCUCCUGUUCCCCUGCAACCAAAAUCAGAACCCAAGAUUUUACCCAGAGACCCCAGCUUCUCCAAAUCUAAAUCCUUGCAAAAAUCUCUGUCCCUCCAGAACCUGACUCAGAUAGAAACACCGUGGGAGAACGUGACGCUCAACCGCUGUCUGUUGGUGGCCAUCACCAUCGUGGUGCUCGCCUCAGGCGUCCAACGACUUCAUGAAACAUUUCGAAGUCACGGAAAGACAGAAGAUGAAGCUGGACUGAUGCUGAGACGAUCAGGAAUGUUACAUCACCGGAAACAUUGGGAGCCUGAGACAUCUCUGUGGGAAGUCGUGUUUUGGUGGCUGCCUGACCUCAAUGACGACGAGGACGAAGACAUCAAAGGAAGAAAAUCAAAGCGUGGAAGAACAGCACGAGCAUCGAGGGGUCUCAGAAACAGGUCGCCGCCAGACGAAAAACUCUUAAAGCAAAGAGACGGGAAAUUAAAGGACAGGAGAGCCAAGAAAGCCAGAGACAAGAAAAUGAAAGAGGAAAAAAGGAGAGAGGAAAGGGAGGAAGGCGAGGAGGCAGCUGAGGAUGAAAGAGACGAGGACGCAGCUGCCGAGCAAAAUACGAUUCUGGGAGCCAAGAAGAAGAAAAAUGACAAAGGGAUGAAUGAAGUAAAGGUUACUUUUAAAGUUCUUUCAUGAAUAAAAUCCUGAACUAUUAUCAGUAUCAGCAGUAAGGUGUUACAGCUGUGAAGUCAGCUGCUUUUUACAAAUGUGAAAUGUUUGAAUUUCAGCUUAAUGUUAAAACUAUUGCUGUUAAGUUUCUCUCCUCAUCAACAACAAACAGUAAUAAAUGUAAACAGUUCAGGAAACAUUAAA